AUGGGGUGGAUACACCGAGGACCUCUUCACUUCUACAUCAAGGCUCCAGCCAGCUCCAUGGCAAAGCUCUCCAAGAUCGAGUUAGAACGCCAGGAGAGAAUCAAGGAAAAUGAGCGCCACCUGCAGGACUUUGGAAUCGUGGACGCAGCAGACGCUUUGGCAGCCAGCAGAGCAAAACCGCAGGCCCCUAGGCGACGCUCUUCCCUGGGAGCCCACGGCGUUGACGGGAUUGUAGAGAUCCGACGGUCGGGCCGAGUCCAAAACAUGCCAGCUGUGUCCUACAAGGACCUAGAAGAAAGGAACGACCACCUUCGGCUGACUCGGGGGCCGGGCCGUCGAUCAGCGGGACCCUACCGGCCCCGCAGCGGCACAUCGACGUGUUCUGACGAAGCCAGGGAUGAAGCAGAGGCGAGAGCUAAUGCGAUCAAGGUGGAAGGACCGGCGUUUGUGAAGCGACUGUUGCAGUCGAUGAUCUCAGGCGGCUUCUGGCUGCAAUGGCCCAACGACUGGUGCGUCGUGCACAUGCCCAGCCACGACGUGUGGGUCACGCUCCUCGACGCCGACGGCGAGGCUUGGGAGUGCAAGUACCUGGGCGGUAAGAAAGGUCUAAGCGCCGGCUGGCGCGGCUACUCCAUCCAUAAGGGCUUCGACGACGGGGACGCACUCGCGUUCGAGGUUUUGGACAAGAAUCUGGACAGGGCGUUCUGCGACGCGCAUCUCUCCCCCGACGAGCGCGCGGUGCUGCUCGAGGGCCCCGCGGGGGGGGAGUGGGAGGCGGUCUAUAAGCCGGUGCGGGGCGCGCUCUCGGGCGGCUGGCGCGCGUUCGCGAUCGACCACGGGCUCGACGACGGGGACGCGGCGAAGUUCGAGGUCGUCGACAAGCAUCUACAGGCGCACUUCUGCCAGCACCACCUCCCAGGGGACCGCGACGGCCUGCUUAUCCUCGAAGACGAGCACGGAGAAAGCUGGGAGGUUAUGUAUAAGCCGAGCCGUGCGGGCCUGAGCGGGGGGUGGGGCGGUUUCGCGAAAGACCACGACCUGGGGGACGGGGACUGCUGCGUGUUUGAAGUGAUUGAACCGCGCGGAGAGGAGAAGUGGCGGGUGAAGGUGCACAUCGUGCGGGCCGACAGGGACGGGACCGCAGCGCUCGAGGGCGAAGAGGGGGAGGGCGACGAGGUCCAGAUUGACGACGGGGAAGAGGAGGUCAUUCCCGUGAGCGCCGACUCGGACCAGGGGGGCGCAGCACUAGUCAAGGAGCCGUCAAUUGACAGCCCCCCAAAGAAGCGAAAACGGGAGCCCAAGGUUUCCAUGUCCGAAACCGUCAAGGCGCAGCCUGCUGCGAAGAAGGGGAAGUCUAAACGCGCGAUCGGGAAGGCGCAAGAUAACGGGUUGACGCAGUGCGCGGUCGACUUCGUGAGGGGUCGGCGGGUUUCCCCCGAGGGUGUAGUAUCGUUUCUGCUCAAAGUGAAAGGUGUGCCGAAGCCGGUUUGGGUGGAGGACGGACAAGUGAGCGGGGACUCGGCGCAUUGCUGGCUGUCCGGGGAGGAAGAGGAAGAAGAUUCAUGA